AAAAGUGGCAGCUGGUGCUAACCUCAGCAUUAGCUUCCCCCCUCGGUCCCCAGCUCCAGGUAGGGGUCCAGGUGGCCGCACAAACUCAGUGAAGCUAGAAUUCGCGCCUCCCACGUAGGAGUGCCCAGCUCAACACCUGGGGCUGCUUUGCCAGCUCAUCAGGCCACAGCCCCUGCGGCAUCCUCGCCUCUUCUACCACAUCCACAUCCAGUUCUUCAGACUCUAGUAGCUCCUACAAAGUAUUUCCAGAACCUGCCCUUGGCUGUCUUGCCCUGGGCCCCUCGCUGCUCCCAUCCAUCGUCAUCUUCCCUUUGGAGAGUCCCAACAGCCUCUUCACUGCCUCGUUGCCUCCACUCAAAGGCAGAGGGAUCCUGUGGACAUCUGUGCCGGGUCACAGCCCUCCCCUGCUCGGAGACCUCCUGCAGCCCCACCUCACUCUGGAGAGUCACCACUGUGGCCCACGAGGCCCCACACGAUCUGCCUCCCUGCCCCUUUCAACUCACCUCUCGCCUGUCCUGCUCCAGCCGCCCAGACCCCCUGUGCUGUCCCAGCUUCACACAUUCAUUCCUGACUCAGGCCUGUGCACCUGCUCCUCCCCUACAUCUCAUGAUGGCCUCCAUUUGAUUGCUCAGGUCUUAGCCCAAACAUCACGUCCUCAGAGAGGACCUCCCUGAACACCCUGCUUUCCCAGUAAAGUAAAAACCCCAGCACAAAGUAUCAUGUGGCACACCACAAGCCUGCCUCCUCCCUUGUGUAACGUGUAUUUGUGUAUUAUCUGCCUCCCCCCUUCUCAAAUGUCCACUCCAAGAGGGCAGGGAGUUCUUCCGCAGCUGUACCCCCAGGAUCUGGAAGAGAGCAGGUACUCGGUGAAAUUCCUGGCGCCAAGGGGCUCAGAACUGCGCAGCUCCCGGUGCAGGCUCUGCCUCAGUUUCUAGUCACCUACUCCUCACUGGCGAGCCUCACCUGUGGAGUGGGCCAGGGUGGGCAGGCUGUUCCACAGAUGAGAAAACCGUUCUUAGACUAAGCAGUUGUUCCAGGGCUGCAUGGCUGGGACUCAGAUUCAGGCAGAGCCCAACCACUCCCUUUGAGGAGGUAGGUUUAUGAGACCCAUUUUCCAGAUGGGAAAACUGAAGCCAAGGAAGGGAAGAAAUUGCCUGAGGUUGGUCUGUAAGUGGCUGCCUCUGGUUUCAAACCCAGGUCUGCCUCCCAGUGCAGCCUCAAGCUCACUGGACCUUGUUUCUCUGCGGAAACCCUCCAUCCUUGCUGGUGCUCAGGCCCGGGAGCUGGAGGGAGCGGGUGCAGGGUGUGGGUCCCCAUGAAUAAUUGAAUUGAGGGUCUCAGGCAGUUGUCCACCCUGCAGCUGUCGCCUGGCUAAGAGCAGGGAGGGGACGGUGGUUACAUCACUUUCCUGUGGGGCCAGGGAGCAGGUUAUAAGGAGCUGCUGCCCAAGCCACACAACACUGAGCACCCUGGCACAGACGCCCCACCAUGCAACACUGGGCCCACCUCGCUUCUGCUGCCCCUGCUCCUGGCUCUGCUGUUGGGGGCAGGUGAGUGCCAGAAAUGGGGGGGAGGAGUGGCUAGGCAGCCAGCCUGAGAACAAGGACUUUGGUGACCCAGGCGGGGGGCAGUUCACCAGUGGGGUGGAUCUGGAGACCUCAUGGGCUGACCUUCCAGGUGGGGACAGGGCACCUGGCAGGUGGGCUGGGAAGGGGAUGUGUGGGACUUGGGGACCCCCUUGCAGCUGGGAUCAGCACCAGACAGUGACUGGGUCCCAAGCCCAGCACCAUCUCCUUCCUCCAUGGACCCUGCUGCUCCCUUGGUGCCCAGAUCCUCCAAGGAGGAGCUGACCCGCUGUCUGGCAGAGGUGGUCACAGAGGCGCUGACGCUGGGGCAGGCCCAGAGAGGCCCCUGCAUGGCUCUCCUCCACAAAGAGAUGUGUGAGACAGAGCCCUACAGCUGUGCGUCCGCCAAGGAGAAAGGCCUACUGCUUGGGGAUUUCCAGAAGCGAGAGCCCGGGAAAGCAAGGUCCAGCCAAGAGGUGAGGGAGGAGGAAGAGGCAGCAGAGAGAACCCACAUGUCCAAGGUGUGGGAGCAGGCCACCCACGAGCAACCCCACAGCCCACGCCGCCAGGAGGAGGAGGCAAAGAAGAGGGCGCCUGUGGAUAUCUUUGAGGGCCUGUGGAAGCGGCAUCUAGAGGGGGGAGGAGGGCCCCAGAAGCGAGCGGCAGAGCAGGCCAGUGACGAGAUGGCCCAGUUUGAGGUGAAGGGCGUGCGGGUGCUCAGCAAGGGCCACAGCCUGUGGCAGGGGGCCGAGGCAGGUCGGGGAGAGAGGCACAAGGACUCCCCGCGCCACCAGCAUCCCCAGCAGCUGGAAGCUGAGCCCAAGCGGAAGGAGAAGGAAGAGGCCUCGGAGAGGGAGGGUAACCACUGUGGUCCCCACAGUCCACGGUAACCAGGAUGACAGUUGGCUGCACCAUAUGAAGCGACAUGGCCCACGUGCAGGGGUGGCUACUGAGGUGCCCGCCCUUGGAGUGUGCUGACCACCCUACGUCCGGUCCCACCAGGAGCAUGAUCUGGAGCGGCUGGAGCACGUGAGAGAGGAGCUGAAGAAGGCCACGGAAAUACUGGAGGAGGAGAUUCGAAGGAAGGGCUGAGCUCUGACCUCCUGUCCUUCCUGACACACCCAGGGCUCAGAACUGCUGCCCCCAAAGCCCCCUAGCACCCCGCUCCACUCCCACGCUGCAGGGGUCGGGAGAAGGGAACCAGGCCUGAGGGGCCAAGCCCAAGCUGGGUACAGAGGCUGGGCUCGGCCUGACCCAGGAAACACCGAUGCAUGCAUGCAGCCCACCCCAACCCUUCCAAGUGAAUAAAGCAGAAAGA